UCACUCACCGGCUGUCAAAAGAGAGAAAACAAACUGUCUCGCGGAGGUAGAUCUGACGGCGGUUACACUGUGCGGGAAAUUAACGUUAACUCAACCGCCCACUUGCUCAACGGUUUUACAACGGCUGUGUUUUGGCUGGUUUUUACCCACAGUCAUGUGAUUGUAACGUAAAACCCCUAACCGGAAAACAACGACGGACGACCCUCUCCGCCGCCAACGAAUGCUGCGUUUGCGAGGAACAGUACAAGCUGCUGCGAUCCCAGAGAGGACGGACGAGUCCCCGGUAACAAACAAACAACGGCGACACGGCAAAGUCCACCAAAUAACUCGGAGUGCAGGUUGAAGAAUGGAGUUGGCCAACCAUGGUCUUAUCCUGCUGCAGCAGCUCAACGCUCAGAGGGAGUUUGGCUUCCUGUGCGACUGCACCGUGGCUAUAGGAGACGUCUUCUUCAAAGCCCAUAAAGCCGUCCUUGCUGCCUUCUCCAACUACUUCAGGAUGCUCUUCAUCCACCAGGACAGUGACUGUGUACGCCUGAAGGCUGCAGACAUUCAGCCAGACAUCUUCAGUUAUCUCCUGAACCUCAUGUACACCGGCAAGCUCGCCCCUCAGUUGAUAGACCCUGCACGGCUGGAGCAGGGGGUCCGAUUCCUGCACGCCUAUCCGCUUCUGCAGGAGGCAAGCCAGUCCGUGUACUCCCACCCUGAGCAGAGCAUCAACCUCUCCACCUCCCUCUAUGGCAUCCAGAUCUCUGACCAGCAGGUGGCACUGUCAGCCCGAUUACCAACUCGGCGGCAGCUCUCCUCACCGUUUGAUGUGGAGCAGCUCAGCUCAGAGGGGAAAAUUCCAUCCACGCCGGCGGCCUCUGCAUCACACUCUAACUCCUUACUGUCCAAGCUAGCUUCUUCGACCCCAGACAUGGAGGCAUCGACCAGCGAGGCAAAGCCAACAGCUGAGGAGGGGGGAAUGGACUUGCUAAAUGCAGAUGGUUCCUCAGCAAGUACCUCCAUUCUCCAUGUGAAGCCAAGCAUCAUGAAGAGGAGCUCCUCUUUCAGGAAGCAUUACUCGUGUCAUCUGUGCAGGAGCAGGUUUACACAGAGGAGCCUGCUGAGGGAGCACCUCCUGCAGCACACGCAGGCUAUGCAGCAGGCUGCAGCCGAGCCGAGCAGCGCCCUCUCACCUGUCAUGACUGCAGAGCAGAGCAUGCUGGAUGUAGAGGGGAUCCUUAAGGGGAGUAAGGUGGGGCCAGGUGCUUCUGCUUCCACUACAGCAGUAGAGAUAAUCAGUGACAGCGAGCAGACGCCUGUUUCAGGAACUAACUCAGACUCUCCACGAGCUGAGGUGUCCACAUCCAGCUGGGGAGUAGGAGGAUUGAACUCUCAGGCUGACACACCUCCUCCAUCAGACAUCGCUGAUAUAGACAACCUUGAGAGUGCAGACUUGGACCGGGAAGUGAAGCGACGGAAGUACGAGUGCUCCACAUGCGGGCGUAAGUUCAUUCAGAAGAGCCACUGGAGAGAACACAUGUACAUCCACACGGGAAAGCCCUUUAAAUGCAGCGCCUGUGGAAAGAGCUUCUGUCGGGCCAACCAGGCGGCCCGCCACGUGUGCCUGAACCAGAGCGCCGAUUCCUACACCAUGGUGGACCGGCAGAGCAUGGAGCUGUGCGCAGCUGGUGAUGACGGCAGCCAGAUGGAGGCCAUGUUUUUGGGCUCCUCGAAGCCGUACAAGUGUAACAUUUGUGCCACCACAUUCUCCAGCCCCAACGAGGUGAUCAAACAUUUGUGCUUCACCCAGGGCGGGCUUGCAGCGUUGCAGGGAAACAACACGGGUGCAGGGAUGAUGCUUCAGCGUGAAGAGUUCUCCAAAGAUGAAGGCUCUGAUUUGUCCAACUCUGGCACUCCUCUGGAGCCCAUAAAGACUGAGGAAAUCCUCGUAGAAUAGUGCCAUAACUGUGUAUGUGCCGUUUUUAAGAUGUUAAUUUUCUAAAUUAUGGUGCAUAGGUAAGCUAAAGGUGAAGUUAGUCAGGGUAUGUUUGUCAGAGGUUUUUAAUCUACUAAAAUUAUUUUUUUUAGUUUUUUUUGGGUACAGUAUUUUGGACAUUUUGUCCCCCAUAUAACAAAAAAUUAUUAAAGACUAAAUUAAGCAUCUUAUAGCUCCCUUGAAUUCAGCCAAACAUCAUUAAAUUAGCAGAUAACAUUGCUGCCGUGUUUGGAUUACUAUCUCACUCAGGCUUUUCACAUUUUUUCACUUGUGAACUUCAGUUGUGGUGAAGCUGGCUUUCACAAAAAGAGGAAGAGGAAGCAGAGAAGCUUCCGGAAGAGACAGCACGUUAUGAGAUGAGUUGGCCGUGCAGCUUGUACUCUUAACAAUCCACUUUAAAGCUGCAAGAGAAGCUUUUAUUGGGUGUGGAUGGGAGACUGACUCUGCAGACUGGGAAGUGAUUAUAAUCCAGCUUAAAGCACACAAAAUAUUCAGACCUGAGACAAUCUGUGCUCUUUUUGGAGUAGAUACUCAUGCAGGAAAGUUGUCUUCCAUUCAGGUUUCAAAGGUCAUUAAAAUGCAUUGGCCUUUAAUGAAAACCCUUUCAAGUGCUUGAUUUUAUGGUCUCUAGUUUGUGUCAUUAUGGAUCCAGUAUCAUCACUGAAAGAUAAUCAAGCACAAUCCCUCCUUAUGAUAAGAGUGUGAACCCUUAGUGUCAGUCAGAAGGAGAGUUGAUAUUGUUUAAAUGUUAGUGAUUUUUAACUCCUUCAUUCUGAUGGUUUCUUUGAUGAACACGUUCUACCCACUUUAUGAGGAAUCUGUCCAGUACUGUUGUACAUUUCAUCCUCAUAUCAUUUGUUUAAAUUUACAUCUAAAAGCUUUUAAUUUCUACAUGAUUUUUUUAUUAAAUAAACAAUGCAUGAAGUCAUAAAAAAUAGCCAUAUUUCAAAAGCAUAUUGAGAGACAACAAGCUUUAAAAGAAGGAUUUGAAUUGAUUUAGCUAUGAAUAGAUUAUGGUUGGGGAUGAGUAUGACACUCUUUUCUUCAAUUGGUUAACAUGGUCAUGAUGAAAAUACUGGAAUUAUAAGUAUUCCCUUUUAUUGUUUAUGUAAACACUUUGUGCAAAGGGAAACAUUUUGCAGUGUUAAAACCUUUCAACAGAUAUGGUUGAUUUGAUCUUUGUCAAAAUCAGAAACAAGCAGCAUGUGUAGUAUACGGUGGCCCUGAAGGUAAAAUGUGAAAAAAAAAAAAAAGAUUGAAAAAAAUUACCAGAGGCUUGUAGCAUUUCAGUAAAUGCAAAACAUAAAAGUAUUUCAUGAAACACACCCACACACAGUAACUCUUACUGACUUACUAAAUAAAAACCCUUAUAAGAAAACACUUUAUAGUUUGUGAUAACUUACAAAAUACUAAAAGGGGGACGAUAUUGUCUAUACCCUCUGUUUCAGAAAUAUUUUUUGCAGAUGAUUAAGUGUUUUUGCACAAUGGGAUUUUGGAAAGACGUUAUAAUGACUACACACUAUUGAGCUUUAGUAAAGCACUGCAGUGCCAUCACACAUCAUACAUGAUGCAUUUAUAUUUUUAAUCACAUAAACUGCUUUCCUGAUUGUCUCUUUUUCCUUUUAGUCCAAUAACAAGUGAUUUUUCAUUAAUACAGGGUUCCUAAAUGUUCUAGCCUUGGACCCACAAAAACAGUGGCAUCAGAGACUGGGGACCCUGUCUGUACCUGGGGGUGGUUAAAGCAUAGCUGGAUGCAGCCAUACAAAUUCAAGAAAAGUCAUGUGCACACUUACAUUUUUAGUACUUUGAUUUCAGCAUAAAUCUCACCACGUUUUGUAUUUUACACUGAACCAAGUGUAUGCUUAUAUUAAAAAAAAAAAAAAGGAAAAUAUACAAUUUGAAAUCAUUUUAGAAUAUUCUUUGUUUUUUGAAAGGCAUCUAGCAACCUUGUCUCAGUGUCUUGCGGCCCCCUAGGUGGUCCAAACCCUCACAUUGGGAACCACUGUACUAAUGAGUAAAUGAAACCUUUAUAGCAGUUUAUAAUUGACAUAAAAGAUGUUGAUUAAUUAAUAAUGCGUGGUAAAUAACAAAAUAUUUUUGCAUUUAGGGAAUUGUUUUCAGCAUCUGAUUUUUUUCCCAAUUAUAUAAUUGUACUCUUGACCUCUGGGGCCACCAUACCACAAAUUAAUGCAAAUAAAUGCUCCUCCUUGCCUGUUGCAGAGGAGUUUACAUAAACAGGAGGGGAUGGCUGUUGAAAGCAGGAAAGACUAGCUUUAAAACUGUGCUAAAAGACAUAAAAACUACAGGGUUUAUCUCUUUCACCUGAUUGUCUGGAAACAUGCAGUUUGAUAGUUAUAUGGGGAAAUAAAGAAGCUAUUUAUGUUCACUUACAACAACUUUUUGGAUUACCAAGAAGAUUUUCUGUGUACUACUGAUGACUGAUAAUCUUUUCACAUACGUCCAUUUAAUGUGAAGCAUUGUAUAAUUUCUCAUAAUGAAACAUGUUAAAUUUAACAGAAGCACAAGUAGCAUAAUAAAUGUUUCUUAUUUCAUGAUAACUGUACUUCACCUAUAAACAAGGAUGUUUUUAACAUUUGUACUAUUAAGAUGAUGUUGAGGACAUUUGUAACAAUUUAAUUGUCAAGAGUCAUUUGAAUAAGAAAAUGAAUCCUACAUUGUUUAUUGCCUUUUGCUCAGUUGUUCAGAGACUGAAUGUGAUCAGUCCAACCUUAAAGAAAUAUGUCUUCCAAACCCCUUUCAUGAAAAAAGUAUGCCAUUUUAAUAUCAGAGCAGAGAUUUCUAGCCAUGUAAGAGACUAAUUGUACAGAAUUUAAUUUACAACAUUAUUUUAAAGCAAAAUGAACUAACUUCACGAAUUAUUAUCAACUAACUGCAAUUAUAGUCUUUAUUUUGAGAGGAUUUUUUUGACUUUCCUCAUUUUUUAUUUUCAUUUUAAUCAUUCUGAAAUGAAUGCCCAUCCCUUAGUAUGUUUUAUUUGCCCCCCACCCUCCCUUAUAAGAGCCAUUAUCAUGCCUUGACAGUAAGUACGAGGUGCAGCUUAAAUGAGAUAAAAGUGGGGUUUUUUUAAAAUUUAAACUCCACUGUUAUUAAGUAUUGAGAAGCAGAUGCUGCUUUGUUGCAAUCAGCCUCAUGUUUGACUGGGUGGAGCCGUCUCACUCAGGUCUAGUGAAUAAGAAGGCUUUUAAGUUUAAAGUACCUUUAAUCAUUAUUUUUUUGCCAAUGAUGUGAUCCCUGCCAUAACUCAAUCAUCCAUAACAUUUCUCACAUAAGAAGCUAAAAUGUCUGUGAAUUUAAUCAUUAACCCUGGGAAGAAUUUUUUAAUUAUUUUUUUUUUAAAAUUCUAUUUGUUUUGUUUUGUUUAUCAAAUUGAAAUGCUGUACUACUGACACGCUUCAGAGCUGCACAGAAAUAUGCACAGCUUCUACAAAGUCUAAUUUACUUUCUCAGCGUCUUCCAUAGCAGUCUGUUAACUUUAUGGUUGUGUAAAUGUGUGCUUAAACAUCUCAGGAAGAUGAGAAGUCAAACAUUCUCUUGUGCGUCCUAAAUUGUUCAAUAAAAUUAUUUCAACUGCAGCCCAUAAAACUACACCUAAAUUUCCAUCUGAAGUCUACUGUGAUCAAUCUUGUUCUCAGGAAUGUGAGUGAUUUUCUGUAUGAAUAUUUUUCUUUUUUCAUUGAAGAAUAAACAAUAAAACAUGUCUUUUCAUUUGU